CUUGAAUUUUAGUUUUUAGGUUAUAUUUGUUUGUAAUCAUUCAGAGUGGCAAAGUCUAUAGAUUUUAUAGCUUAAUCUUGUUUAAUUAAUUUUCCAUAAAUAGAUUGUAAUUGGCAUUGAAAGACAAGAUGUUGAGGAAAAUUUUCUCAAGAACACUAGCUCUCCGUCCAAAUUCGUUUGUGCGGUGUGGUGAUAAUGUUGAUAUCAAUAGGCAAAUACACUGUGGAGUUUGUUUAAGGCAUCCUAGGUAUACAUCCAAGGCAAACAGCACCUCACCAGGUUUGGCCAGCAAGUACCAAGUGAUUACAGAUGCGAAUCCUACGAUUAUAGAAAACACUGCUGAAGAGAUAUACAUAGAAGACAAGUAUCCUAUACUCAGUGAUGAAUUUGAUGGCAUCAAUUUAGAAAGAGGUAAAACUGGUGUCUUUGAUAUAGAAGAUCUUGUAGAAAUUCUGCAAAGAGAAAACUCAAAAGACAUAUUUGUAGCUACAGUCCCUCAAGAUAUCCGCUAUGUGGAUCACAUAUGUGUUGUGAGUGGUCGGAACAACAGACAUAUCUUAGGAAUAGCACAAUUCGUCCGAAGGGUGUAUAAGAAAAAGUCUUCUAAAUCAGACCAUUUACCUAGAAUAGAAGGCAAAGACUCAGAUGAGUGGAUGGCACUAGAUUUGGGUAACAUUGCUUUACAUAUCUUCACAGAUAAAGCAAGAAAAAUGUAUGACUUGGAGACUCUUUGGUCUGUUGGGCCGGAGUAUGAUAACCAGAUAAAUAAGAACAGUGAAGUUGUGGAUAUGUUUGAGAACUAUAGUGAUUACCUGAAGGAUCUCAAACCUUUGGGAUAAAAGAUGUCAAUAAAUAUGUAUAUGUAAAUAGUUUUGUUAAUAGAUACCUAAUCCAAAAAUAA